AUGGGUGGCUCAACACACUGGCUCCCCAGGGCGUAUUGUGACGUGGCUUAUGCACCGCACGGACUACCGGAGUGCGUGACGCAAGACGACGAAAGCGCCUUCUAUUACCACGACCACGCAACAACAUUCACAGACAACGUGUUCGUGAGCAAGGCUUUAGCCAACACGGCUCCCGCACUACGUGUAGGAGCCUGGACAAAUGAGGCAGAACUCAUCACCGGAUUGGGCAUCGCAACAUACGUCCAUAGUGAGCGUGGUACCGCCUCCAACGAGGAAGGUACGGCUAUGGCGCUGGACGACGUGGAGCGUGCGAUGCUCAAACGCCGUCUAUAUGUGUGA